AUGAUCGCACCAGCCGCUCGCAACCUCGCUCGCGCUGCUGCUCGACGAGCAGGCGCAACAGCCUCUGCCCAACAGCUCCCGGCUGCCGGAGCUCGAUCGCUGUCCAUCUUUGCAGGCGCUGCUCGUCCCUCCACCGGCAGCAUCAGCGCCCAAGCCCAAGCCUUCUCAGCUCCCCAAGCUCGUGGUAUCAAGCACAUCGACUUUGCCGGUGAUGGUCAGGUCGAGACUGUCUACGAGCGCGCCGACUGGCCCAUCGAGAAGCUUCACGACUACUUCAAAAACGACACUCUCGCUCUGGUGAGUUUGCGGUUACAUGGCGCGUUGGGAUUGAGAAGGUGCUGCUUGCGAAACACCGAAGCGCUCUCGAGCUGGCAUCGUGUGAACAUCGCUGUAGUCAACGAAGCGCACCUCAAAUGCUCUGCGCCCGUGAAUCUUUCCUGUGCCUGGUGGAAGGAAACUGAUGAUGCUCUUUCUACUUCGUGCAAUAGCUUGGCUACGGCUCUCAAGGUCACGGUCAGGGCCUCAAGUGAGUUGGAGCGCGCCGAAAGGCCUUCAGUAUGAGCCAACAGCUCCCCUGACCCUGGGAAAGCACUACCGCGCUCACGCUCUCUCUCUCACACUCUCUCUGUGCAGCCUUCGCGACCAAGGCUUAAACGUCAUUGUCGGUGUGCGAAAGGGCGGAGCAUCUUGGAAGGAGGCUCAAGAGGAUGGCUGGGUCGAGGGCAAGAACCUGUUCGACAUUGACGAAGCUGCGCAAAAGGGAACGUACCUGAUGAUGCUCAUGUCUGACGCUGGUGCAUCCGACGCUUACCCCAAGCUGCUCAAGUACAUGACCAAGGGCAAGACCGUCUACUGGUCUCACGGCUUCUCUCCCGUCUUCAAGGACCAGACCGGCAUCGAGGCGCCCAAGGAGUGCGAUGUCAUCCUUUGCGCGCCCAAGGGAUCCGGUCGCACGGUCCGCACCCUCUUCAAAGAGGGGCGCGGCAUCAACUCCUCCGUCGCCGUCUACCAAGACGUUACCGGCAAGGCUCUGGAAAAGGCAGUCGCCAUGUCCGUCGCUGUUGGCUCUGGCUACACGUACGAGACGACGUUCGAGAAGGAGGUGUACUCUGACCUGUACGGAGAGCGUGGAUGCCUGAUGGGAGGUAUCCAGGGCAUGUUCAAGGCUCAGUACGAUGUGCUGCGCGCCAACGGCCACUCGCCAAGCGAGGCCUUCAACGAGACCUGCGAAGAGGCUCUCAUGAGUCUCUACCCCCUCGUCGGUGAGCACGGCAUGGACUACAUGUACAAGGCCUGCUCCACCACCGCCCGUCGUGGUGCGCUCGACCUGGCUCCCGUCUUCGAGAAGGCCCUGAAGCCCGUGUUUGAGGACCUCUACGCUCGCGUCAAGGACGGAAGCGAGACUAGAAGGACCAUUUCUUUUGCCAGCCAAAAGAACUACCGCGAGCUCUUCGACAAGGAAACUGACGCCAUUGCUGCUCAAGAGAUGUGAGUUGUACACCUUGCGAGAGUCUUUCGAGCAAUCGUCAGACUGACUGACCUGCACGCGUCUUGUCAUCUUCAGGUGGCGUGUCGGACACAAGGUCCGCGCCCUCCGUCCUGAUCGCGCAGGCAAGGACUUGUAG